AUGGAGAUCUUCCAGAAAGCCAAGGUCGUUCGUUUCAAGAGCCACCACAACAAGUAUUUACUAGCGGACGAAGAUGAAGAACACGUUUCCCAGGACCGGAAUGGCACCUCUAAGAAUGCGAAAUGGACGGUGGAGCUUGUUCCGGAUUCAAACGUUAUGCGUUUAAAAAGUUGUUAUGGCAAAUAUUUAACAGCUUCAAACAUGCCCUUUUUACUCGGAGCCACCGGGAGGAAAGUCCUGCAAACUCUUCCCAGGAAGUUGGAUUCGUCUGUCGAAUGGGAACCCAUCAGAGACGGCCUCCAGGUUAAGAUGAAGACGCUUUACGGCCAUUAUUUGCGGGGGAACGGCGGCCUGCCGCCCUGGAGAAACUCUGUCACGCAUGACAUUCCACAUAGAACCCACACACAAGAAUGGAUUAUAUGGGAUGUAGAUGUUUUAGAGUUUCAGAACCCAACUUCGGUUCCUCAGAAGCCAACGCCGCCGCCACAGGCACCGCAGCCUGUUAAAACUAUUGAGCACACACCAUCAGAAACCUUUUCUCCCACCGCCAUUCGGCUGAAGACCCCUGACGAGGUAAUUUCGGCUUCUGAUUUAUUUGAAGCUUCACCACCAAAAGCAGAGGGAAGACAUAUUACUUACGACUUGACUGAUGAAAAUGGUAAUAUUGCUGAUGAGUCAAAGAAAGGACUUCAAUUCACAUUUAAGGGAAGUGGGGUGGAGGAAUUGAAACAAGCUAUAAAAGAAGAGAUAGGGAUGGAUGACAUCGUCGUUUGUUCUCGAAAUCCAUUGAAUGGGGAGCUCUAUCCUCUCAAGUUACAUCUUCCUCCAAACAAUGCCGCCAUGCAUCUUGUUGUUGUUCCUUCAACAGCUCAAGUUAAGUAUUAA